GAGGGCUGCUGUGCUCCUGCCCUGACGCCGCCCCGUCCCCGCCUCCCAGUCGCGCGCUGCCUCGGCUAUUUCUUCGAAGGAGCCUUCCUGUCUAGUUGGUUUCUCGCUUCGGCUGCGAGACUUGACGAGUUUGCUCGUAUAAAGUUUUGAAGCUGGGAUGACACGAGACAAUCAGUGCUCGGAUCAUGCCGAUAGCUAUGCAUAGAUGCUCUUAACCAUGCGGUUCUACAGCACGUUGGAGUCAUCGGAGCCAAAACAGCCAUUGCUUCUAGCCCGUAUCCAGCCUCCGAGCCACCUGCUGCCCCAGGUGCCCUGACCAGGACUUGGGGACAUAGAGUGGCUGCUACAAGGGCCUUAACCCGCCCUUCCCUCCUUACGAGGCGGCUGUGGGUGGCUCCCCAUUGCUUGCUGUAGUUUGGGGAGUAAGCACUACACUUUCUGUGCCUUUGGCACAUCUGACCGUUUGAGAGGCUGUUUGUGCGCUGGAAUCGCUGUCCUGACCCCGAAGAAUUUUCCCGAGCACCACCUGUAGCCUGGAGGCAUUCAUAGUAAAAGAAGAUGGAUGCAGCUAGAAGCCUACUUGGACUCAUGGUCUUGUUUAUUUGGAUUCAGAGAAUUGCUAAUGAACACAUAGUCCAUGGCAUAAUAGGAAACGCUGCUGAACUUAAAUGCCAGUAUACUGGAGAACCAUUCAUCUUAAAUCAAUUUCGAAUACAAUGGCAAAAAAAGGGAGAGACAAAAUGCUUCGUAGAUGCUUACUUCCCUAAUCAAGAUAUGAGGGAACACCAGUGUGCUCAGUUCAGAAAUAGGACUCAAGCUGAUCCGCAACGGAAGGAGGAUGACUUUACUCUGAAACUGCUAAACCUCAGUCCUAAGGAUGAGCUCACUUAUGAGUGUGUAGUACAGAGAAAUAAAAGUGGAAGAUAUGAAGUCAUUCACAGUGCAGACAUCACCCUCCAAGUUGCAGCAAGCUACAGCAAACCAAAGUUAGUGGGCCCGGUGCAGUCUGGAAAAGAAAUGACCUUCUUUUGCCACUCCAGCCAUGGAUAUCCACAACAAAAGCUUCAUUGGAUAAAUCAAACGGACAACAGCUUCUUGAAUGGAACAGAAAAUGUUACUGAAGAGCCUGAUGGGAAGUUCAGCAUUAACAGCACAUUGACAAUCGAAGCAUCUACCAACACAAUCUUAGGGUGUAAAAUUGAAAAUAAGUGGAUGAACCAAAGUACAACUACCACCAUUGACCUGAACGCUUCUAGAAGCAGCCCUAUCCAUCUCGACCAACAUAACACAUUUAUAGUUUUGGGUGCUGUCGCACUUAUAGCAGUUGCCCUCGUCUUCAUUCUAUGCAGCUGGUUGGUUAAAAGGAAUUCUUCUUUUCCAAGUGCAUAUGUGGGUGUUUGUGAAAAUGAAGAAGCAGCAAAUGCCAAUGGUAAGGAGAAAUUUUUUCCCAAUGCAGUAAUACUGCUUAAGUAAAGUACACUUGGAACUUCCAAAGUGAAAUUUUCUUCAAACGUUUGAAGAAAAGAACCAUCUUAGCUUGGUCCAGAUUAUGAAAGCUGUUCUUUACACUGCUAAUCACUCCAGAAAUUGCAUUUCUUCCUUGGCCUUUCCAUUAAUGUCUCUUCCUAUUUCAAAAGCAAAAUAUAGUGUAUGUGGACUGUAACACAAAUUAUAUCAUGCAAGAUACAGAUGGUGCUUCUUAUACGAGUAUAUGGGUGCUGUGAACAUUGAUUUGGCACAUUUGAAAGCUGUGUGACAGUGGGCAUUCAGGUGCUAGGACACAUUCAUUGCUGUUCCAAUAAAGGAAUAUUUAUAAAGGGUCUUAUUAGGUGGGCACCAUUACCUUGAGCUGAUAGCCUUGGUUGGUGGUCUAGUGAGAUAGAGGCCCUGAAGAAAAACAGAAGCACUCAGACAAUAGCAGCACUGCUAUAUCAAUCAGAAACAUUGGGAGGGGAGGGAAGCCUUAACCCUUUGCCCAAAGAUCCUAUUUCCAUGGGCAUAUAUGUGAAUGUGGUCCCCAGCUGGAGGACCACAGCUGUGGUCCCCCACUCUUGCAUUAAAAGAAUUCUGGA